AUGAAGGUAGGAUUUAUAGGUGUCACCAUUCAGCAGUUGGAACAGUGGUCUGAAGAUGUACGCUUCGACGAAUACGACGGUUGGGCGACCGGAUGCAGGUCCGGAGCAACCGGAAGUUGUACAGGAGGAACGAUAUCUCCGAAAAUGAGCAGAAAACUGGGAACACUCGCUAGCUUGCGAAAGGAUGAUCACGACAGCGGCGAAGAGUCCGACGGUGGACAACAAAGUUUCUUCGUCGGUGGAUCCGAACACAGUGGCCAGCAAGUUUUGGGACCUGAGCGCCCUGAUCGUGACAACACCGAUAUGGUUGAACGCGUGUUCGUCGCGGCAAGACAGCAUGGGGCAGAAGCACUCACUGCCAGUGGUAUAUCAUCACAGCAUCCACAUGGUCAUCGUUCGAUGGGCGGUGGAGUUCGUCUAGGAGACACUUCUUCGACUCCUCAACUCCCUGUCAAUGAAUCGAGCAGUGGAGAAAGCGACACGAAUGAAUCGGAUGAAGUCGUUGUAGAGCUUUUCAUGUGGGAAAAUGGCUUUUCAAUUGACGAUGGACCACUUCGCUCCUUCGAGGAACCAGAAAAUCGCCAGUUUCUAGAAAGCAUCAUGCAAGGCCGUGUACCAGCUGAACUUCUAGCGGCACAUCCUCGUCGUCGUAUUGAUCUGCGUAUGCAAAGACGAAGUGGACCGUACGAACCACCAAAACUGAAGCCUUUCCAGGGGACCGGUGUACGUCUUGGAGCUGUUGUUCCACAGAUCGUUUCCUCACCUGCAGCACCUUCGUCCUCGUCACCUACCGACCACGACAACGUGGCAAAGGCUCAGGAUAGUGUGAAUCUGGACGUCAAUUCUCCAGUAACUCAGGUUCAAAUUCGCUUGCCGGAUGGUCAGCGCGUUAGUGGAAAGUUCAACCAAUCUCACACUGUGUCCGCAAUAAGGCAUUUUCUUGUUACGGCGUAUCCAGAUUUGGCAGCUACAGCUUUCCAGCUAAUGACCACUUACCCUAAUAAGAUAAUCGAUGAUGAAACCGUAGCUUUAAAGGAGGCUGGUCUUCUAAAUGCUGUUGUUGUUGUGAAACUCAUACAGAUGUCUUUAAAAGAAUGGAUGGGCAUCGACAAAAUGCAGAAAUUUAUGAGGAUUAUCAAACAAAUGGGAGGUGUGCGAGUUGCGUUGAAGAAACGCUACCUUAUGGAUGUCACUCGUGUGGGAACUCUCGUUGGAACUGACAAGUUUGGCAAUAGGUAUUACGAAGACAAUUCAUACUUUAUGCCUCGCAACAGAUGGGUAGAGUAUCCGGACAAGGUAUGGCUCGACUAUGAUCCGUCGCAGAUCCCUCCGGAAUGGCACCGUUGGCUUCAUCACAUAGGUGAUGACACUCCCACUCAAAACCCACCAAAAAACGAAAAGUGGGUGCUGCAGCAUGAAGAAAAUCUAACCAUUUUUGAAGACAAGAAGUACAUCCCUUAUUCGACGACACGCACGAAGAUACAAGGUUGGCAACCGGGACAGAAAAAACAGGAAUGA